AGAAUAAGAUUCAUGUAAUUUGCUUAAAACUUAAAUUAAUGCUCUGAAAAUUUACACUUUAAUUUACCACUUAAAAGAUUUAAGUUUUCCUUUUUUGAAAUCCAUUUUAAGGCUUUCUUAGAUAUGGCUCAUGAUCUUCAUACUGUUGAUCGUUCAAACAAUAUACGUGGUCAUGGAAGAAAAUUCUACACUGAAGAUAAUAUUUUAAUUUAUACAUUAUACAUUUCUAAUAUACCAGAAACUUUUAGCUCCGAUGAAUUGAAAAAGUAUUUUGAUCACUUUGGUAAAGUUGAAACAUUAACGUAUAAAAAGAAAUAUAAAACAGCAGAAGGUCAUAGAUAUCGAGCAAUAGUAAAAUUUUUGAAAUCUGAGAGUGCAUCUAAAACUUUACGUGUACGUAAUCAUAAAGUUGGUAAUGUUGUUUUAGAGGUACGCGGCGCAGAUAGUUGGAUACAACCGCACAAAAAACGUCUCAAACCUUUACUUAAAAUUGAUGAUAAUGAUACCGAAAACUUUUUCAUAUUAAAAUUAAACGAUUAUUGCUUAUUUAAUAUAUUUUCAUAUUUGCCUUUUCAAGAUCAAGUUCGAAUGUCAAUUCUUUCUGAUCGUUUCAAAAAAAUUUUCCUCUUGAUAUAUAAAAAUGAAAGGCAUUUAAAAUUAAAUGAAGAAAAUACAUCAAGAAUGUCGUUGUUGGAAAUAUAUGAAAGCGUAACAACUAUCGGAAAGUUUAUUGAAACUCUUGAAGUUGAUUGCCGUAUACGUAAAUUUAAUCGUAUUUAUGACUUUAUUUUUAAAUAUUUUCCACAUUUAAAAAUACUUCAUUUGGAAAACUUGAAUAAAAAAUAUUGUAACAGUAAUAAAGAAAUUUCUUUAUCACUGAAAAACAUAACACAUCUUACUAUAAGAAAUUGUAAUGUUACAGAUGAACAAGCUAAAAAAUUUGUUAAACUUCAAAAAUUGGAGUAUCUUGAUUUGAGUGAUAAUGAGGAACUUGUUGGUAAAUAUUUGCAUAAUUUGAAAAAAUUGAAUUAUUUAUGUUUGAAUAAUUGUGAAAAAAUAGAAACAAGUAACUUAAAACCUAUAUUAGAAAAAAUUCCAUUGAAAACAUUAAAAGUUACCGGAAUUCGUAAUGCUGAUGCUAUAGGAAGUCCUUUCUCUAAUUUUGUUAAUUUAGAACUCGAAGAAUUUCAUUUAACAUCGUAUCGUCCAGAAAAUACGUUUCUAAAAAAAAUUCCAACUUUUAAAAAUUUAAAAAAAAUUCGUUUACAAUUAAUGCAAUUGGAAAAAGAUGAUAUUGGUUUAAAAGAUUUUUUAUUAAGCUGUGUUGAAAAUAAAGCAAAUGUAUUAGAAUAUCUUGGAUUAGUAAGCCAACAUUUGCAAUUAAGCGAAUUGAAUAUUGAUACAAUAAUUCAAUUAAAAAAUUUGAAAGAAUUAGAAAUAAAUCGUUUAACAAAUGCUGAUUGUCUUUUUUGGACGAAACUUUGUUCAUUGGAAAAAUUAGAAUUUUUAAAUGUUUACUGUGACCAGGAGAAUUUUGAUGAAAAUGAAUUUUUAUCAUGGAUAAAAAAAUCAAAAAAUAUACAAAAAAUUCGAGGUAAAUUCGGUAAAAAAAAUAUUAAAAUUGAUUUUAUAAAUUCGUUAAUAGAAAUUUCAAAAGAAUUGGCUGAAAAUAAUCGAAAAAUAAAGUUUGAAAUUAUUGGACUUUUGAUAAAAGAAGGUGAUGAUACCAAUGUUAAUAUUUUAACUGAUACAAAAUAUUUAACUAACAGGCAUAUAAUACGUGUAAUAUUGUCAGAUACUAUAUUAGAAGAUGAUAGUAACUUAAAUAAGUAAUCUCAAGCUAAUUCUGUUAUAAUAACUAUAAAAAUAAAUGUAUCGAUAAUCAUUAAGUUUCUAUUUUACUUCUUAGGUAUAAAAAAUAGAAGAUAUCGAAUUUUAAAAAUGUUUUUUUUUUUAUUUUUUUCUAUAAAAUGU